AUGGUGCCGUUUUUGGUUCGCCGCAGGAUUUGGAAGUGGCUAGCAGCCUGGACCCCUGGGGAGCGCUUGGAACAGCAAGGGGGAUAUACUGGUGCUGCCGCCACAGAGUUUGAAGAGAAGUUCAGGGAACUGCUGAAGCCGGAUGAUGAGGUGCAACUGGCCGAGAAGGAGAAGAAGGCGGAGGAAAGCAGCAUCGCUCAGGACAUCCCUGAAGUGGUGAAAAAACCAUUGAUGCAGGUUCCUCCGGAGAUGUUUGCCAAGGCUCAGGGAGAAGAGGGUCAACUGUGGCUGGAGAUAGACAACGUGGCCUACGACCUCACCGAGUUUCUAGGCAAACACCCUGGAGGUGAUUCCAUCCUGCGAAAAUUUGCGGGGAAAGAUGCCUCCAAGGCCUUUCACAAAGCAAAACAUUCGAUGCAAGCGAAGAUGCAGAUGCAGAUGUAUUGUUUGGGUCCCAUGAUGAAG